AAAAGUUUUCUUUAUUUUGAACACAAAUAAAAAGAAGCAAAAUAUUUUUGUAUCAACAAUAACAUUUGGUCCUUAGAACCAACGAUAGUCUUUCUUUUUAAAAAUGGAAAUUUCAAAAAAGAUUAAUUUUUCUGAACUGUGUGAAAAGCUUGAAAAGAUUCAAUCAAGCCCGAACAUUGCCCAAAAAGAAAAGAAAACCAAACAAGUCAUCGCUUCCUUCUUAGAAUUUAGUAAACAAUUCCUUAAGGAUAAUGGCAAUGAUUGUAAUUCAAGUAUUUAUUGUCUGCUGAGGUGUCUUAUACCUAAAUCGGAUAAUGCCAGGGACAGCUAUGGCAUUCAAAUUCCAACACUGGGGAAAAUUUACAUGAAAAUUCUUCAUCUAGCUCCAGGAGGCACUGAUGAGCGCCUGUUGCUUCAACAAAGUCACAGUAACAGCCCACGUUCCGAACAUUCAGACUAUGCAGAUAUUUUGUACAAGGUCCUUAAGCCCCGCACGACAAACACACCAAGUGAAUUAACUCUAUUUGAUGUUAACGCAAUGUUAGACACAAUUUCUUCAGGGAAUCGCAAAAGCAUUGAAAACACCCUAACCAGACUUUGCGAAACAGCAUCUGCUCUUGAACAAAAAUGGUUUAUCCGUUUGCUUCUCAAACGAAUGAAUCUAGGGAUCAGUGAAACAAGAAUCUUUUCAAUGCUUCAUCCCAAAGCGAAAGAGUUUUUUACACGAUGCUCAGAUUUGAAGGAAGUAUGCUUAGCCAUAGAACGUGGUGAUGAGUUAUGCUUAGAAAAGGUUAUAGCUCCAUUUAAUCACAUCCGACCAAUGUUAUGUGAACGUUUGAAAACAGAAAAUUUGUACGAUAUGUUAGGCAAUGACACUUUAUAUGCAGAAACCAAAAUGGAUGGUGAACGUUUUCAAAUGCAUAUGGUCGAUGGACAGUUCAAAUAUUAUUCUCGUAACGGUGUUGAUUAUACCAAAAGCUUUGGAAAUAACGAACACAAUGGUAACUUAACACCUCUGCUGGUUUCCUCGUUGGAAAAACAUGUCAAAAAUAUUAUCUUGGAUGGCGAGAUGAUGGUCUGGGAUAAAAUAUCAGCGUGCUAUCGUGUAAAGGGUGAAAACUUUGAUGUAAAGCAUCUUGAAGUAGGCACAAAUCUACGUCCUUGUUUCGUAGUGUAUGAUCUGAUUUAUCUGAAUGAUAAAAGCUAUGUCGAAAAACCAUAUGCUGAACGAGUUGAUAAGCUGAAAUCCUGUUUUAAAGAAGAAACAGGUGUAUUGGAAUUAGGAAAAAGAACAAAACUUUGUACACUUCAGCAUUUUAUGGACAUUUUCAAUGAAGCAUUGGAUGCAAAUGAAGAAGGAGUCGUCAUCAAAAUGCAUCGAUCUCAGUACAAACCUGGAUCUCGUAAUGGAGGAUGGUUUAAAGUAAAAGCAGAUUACAUAAAAGGUUUGGUAGAUGACAUGGAUAUGCUUAUUAUGGGAGCAUACUUUAAUCGCACCAAAUCUUACAUCAAUAGCUACUUAGUUGGGGUUAUGCAAGGAGAUGAAAACAAUGCAACAUUGCAUUGCGUUGGAAAAGUAGGAAGUGGAUUAUCGUUGGACGAGAGAAUAACUUUGAACUCUAGUCUCUCUGCGAAAUGGAAAAAAGGAUUUACACCUAAAACAAUGAUAUUCGGAAAUUUAAGCCCAGAAGUAUGGAUUGAACCUAAAGAUUCUGUGGUACUAAAGCUAAAAGCAAGUGAACUAUCGCCAGCGUCUUCAUUUGCAACACCGUACUCUUUGAGAUUUCCACGAAUACAAGAAAUUAGAAGAGACAAACCUUGGUUUGAAUGUAUGACGCUAAAAGAGUACGAGGACUUCUAUCAGGGCGAUCAUGGAGUUAAAAAAAUUAACAAGCGUGAUCUAAACGAUGAAGACAUGACAUCUGCAAAGAAACCCAGGACCAGUAGAACUAAGACAUCGACUUCAACAACCGUCUAUUCGAAUAAUUUCGAUGGAAAUCAGAUCACAGUGGAGUCGUCUAUUUUUGAAGAUUUUAAUUUUUGUAUUCUGAGCUGCCUGCGAGGCUGUCAUUCAAUUAACAAUCUUAAAGAAUUAGUUAUAAGAAAUGGCGGAAAAAUCGUAGAAAAUCCUUCACCAACAGAUUACAAAUGCAUCUGCAUUGCAGGUGACAUUAACUAUCGUGUUAAGAACCUUUGCGAAACCGGUCUUUACAAUGUUGUUUCCUGUAAUUGGUUAGUUGAUACCGCUGAAGAAAAGCGCAUGCAAUUAAAACCUAGAGACAUGAUAAGUACAACAGCUGAAAUGAAAGAACAAUUUAAGAUGCUUUUUGACGAUCAUGGGGAUUCCUACACUGACCAUGUUGAUGAAGAUGAAAUGAGAAGUCUUUUAAAUGCAUUAAAUUCCAAAAAUUUACCUGUGCUGCAAGAAAAUGAGAUGACAUCACUCGAGGAGGAAAUAUAUGAACAAAACUCUCCGAACUUCUUCCGCAAAUUCAAUGCGUUUUUCUAUAACCAAGCUCCAAAAGAUACCCUGUCACAUGCGGUUUCAGUUGCUAAGUUAAUGUUCCAAUGGCGAGGAGGUGGCUGUCCAGAUAUCUCAACGCUGGAAGGGGAAAAGAGAAUUAAAUUUGUGUUUGCUGAUGUAAAUGAAAUUAAUAUGAAAGAACUUGAAAUGUGGUUCCUAGCGACAUUCACAAAACGGCUGCUUAAAGUUGAAGUUGUAUCCAUUGAUUGGAUAACUAAAAGUGAUGCCGAGGACAGGAAAUUGCCAAUUGAUGAUUAUGUAAUAAAAUUCUAAUUAUAAUUUAAGACAUA